AUGAAGCUUGCUCACCUCUAAACAUUAGAAAUGAUUAACAUUAUCAAAGUUGUGUGGACAUAAGACAUUUGGGUUACAUUUACGUGAAAAAUGAAACAAAGUUACAUUAAAUACGCUGAAACUAAGUUAAAGCAAGGAGCAACAACAGAGCAUAUUGAAGAGGCAAGCAAGACGAGGGCGAUGCUGUGACGUCACUCAAACAGGGAUUGAGUUUCUCAACAAGAAACAGAAAGAUUAUUGCAGUUUUGGUUGUGAGAGUCACCACAGCAAAUUCCUCUAUUAUCAGGAGUGUUUGUGGAUGUUAGCUACUUAUCAGAUUUAAAUGUACAAUGAUGGAUCCCAUCAACUUUACAGAGAGUCCUCUCAAUCAAAACACAUCUGAGUUUGAUUAUGACUACUAUGAGAAUACAGAGCUUGAGAAAUCACUUAACAUCAUGUCACUCAUAGUCUACACCUUGGCUUUUGUACUUGGAGUGGUAGGCAAUGGCAUUGUGAUUUGGGUAGCUGGAUUCAAAAUGAAAAGAACAGUCAACACUGUCUGGUUCUUGAACCUUGCUGUGGCUGACUUCCUCUUCACUGCCUUCCUUCCUCUCAGCGUGGCUUAUACAGCUAAGGGUUUCCACUGGCCUUUUGGCCAGUUCAUGUGUAAAUUCAACAGCACCCUUAGUUUCCUCAACAUGUUUUCAAGUGUGUACAUCCUGGUCGUGAUUAGCGUUGACCGCUGUGUGUCUGUGGCGUGUCCAAUCUGGGCACAGAAUCAUCGUAAUGUAAGUCGUGCAUCUGUUAUGAGCUUGGCAGUUUGGAUAUUUGCUCUGGUUUUGAGCUCUCCCUACUUUGUCUUCAAGGACACUGCACCAGACCACAGCAAUGAAAACAUAAUUAACUGCUUCAAUAACUUUGCCUUCUCUGAUGACUAUGAAACACCAGAGGUCGUGGCGCUCCGUAUGUUACGCCACCGUGCCAUGAUCGUUACCCGUUUCCUCCUAGGCUUUGUGGUACCUUUUGUAAUUAUUGUCUCUUGCUAUGCAGUUAUCAUCCAUCGUCUCCAAAGAAACUGUUCGAUGUCUGGACGAACUCGACAUCCUUUCAAGAUCAUUGCUGCUGUGAUCACUGCCUUCUUCUUGUGCUGGGCUCCGUACCAUAUCCUAGUCCUCAUUGAGAUGGUAAACCACAUGGCAACUAAAUACAGCCCCACCCUACAGUAUGUCACUACUGUUGGAAUUCCUGUUGCAACCAGUUUGGCUUUCCUAAACAGCUGCCUAAACCCUUUGUUGUAUGUUUUCAUGGUACAAAACUUUAAAGACAAAGUGCGUAAGUCUGUCCUGAAAGUCUUGGAAACAGCUUUCACAGAAGAAGUUUCAUGCACAAAUACUUGCACACAUUCAAUGCACAUCAUUCGAAACAAAGAGCAAGAAAGUAAGUCCUUCUCUGAUGCUGAAGUAUAACAAAGAGACAUGAGGCACCAUGUCUAAGGGAAGACAUUACAGAGACUGGUCAGUCAAUUUGACUGGAAGGGUAACUGGAACUGAACAAUUUGAUGGGUAACUGGAAGAACCUGGAUCAAAAGAAAUACAGUUAGUAGUUCAAAGCUAUACAUAAGAACACUGCCUUCAACUGUGUGCGUGCGUGCGUGCGUGUGUGUGUGUGUGUCACAUUAAUGAAUAAGUGUUUUACCAAAAUACAUAUAUACUGUAUUGUGUAAAACUUUGUAUUGAAUUGUAUAAAUGUCAAUUUGUGAUUUUAUUGAGGGCCUUAAUCAGCAGUGUAGUAGAUUGAAGUCUUUCAAUCAUUGAACAUGUUGGGAGAGCAGUUUUUGUGCAGUUUCUUAUGCAAUUUCUGUAUAAAUAAUUUUAUUUGAAAAUAUUUGAUAAAGUUACAUCGCUGUCAUGUCAGAUUUAUCCAAAAACCUAAAACUAAUUAAACUUACCAGUUUAGCAAAUUAAACUCAUCUCAUCACAUUUUUAAUAAGGUGUGGAUAUCUCUGUAUCUGUACAAUCAUG